AUGCAGCGGGCGCGUGUGGCGCAUGCGCGCGGACGUGCUGCUGUCUUCUAUGAGCAGAACAGGAUGAUGUCACCUGCAGUGAAAGGAAAUUGUUAAACUGAAUCCUUUUUGUAAAGAAAGAAAGGGGGAAAAAUAUGGACGUUGCUGCACGGAUGGCUGGAAUUUGUCGGGAAUUAGAACGCCGCAUGCCAGAACACAUUCAUCUUUCCCACUUCCACCCUGCGCCUCGCUUUUUGUUUGUCACUUGUAAGCUGUGGAAGAACAAGAGUGGAUGCUUUUGUUAAGGAAUUGCCAUCUGUUGUGAGUAAAUAUCAUGAACAUGGCUCCUCGAAAGAGAAGUAGUCGGGGUCUCUCCUUCAUAUUCUGCUGCUUUCGAGGGAGCGACCACCCAGAGAUCACCUACAGGCUGAGGAAUGACAGCAAUUUUGCAUUGCAGACGAUGGAGCCAUCAUUGCCCAUGCCACCAACUGAAGAAUUGGAUGCCAUGUUCGUUGAGCUUGUGGAUGAACUGGACCUCACUGAUAAACAUAGAGAAGCCAUGUUUGCACUUCCUGCAGAAAAGAAAUGGCAGAUAUACUGCAGUAAGAAAAAGGAACAAGAAGAAAAUAAAGGAGCAACAAGUUGGCCAGAAUUUUACAUUGACCAACUAAAUUCGAUGGCAAUUAGGAAAUCGCUCCUGGCUUUGGAAAAAGAAGACGAGGAUGAAAGGAAUAAAACCAUUGAGAGUUUGAAGACAGCACUACGAACUCAACCCAUGAGGUUUGUUACCAGAUUCAUUGACUUGGAUGGGUUAACGUGCAUUCUCAACUUCCUGAAAAGUAUGGACUAUGAAACUUCAGAAUCUCGAAUACACACUUCCCUCAUCGGCUGCAUUAAAGCACUCAUGAACAACUCUCAGGGCAGGGCUCAUGUUUUGGCUCACGUGGAGAGCAUUAAUGUCAUUGCCCAAAGUCUGACCACGGAGAAUAUAAAGACUAAAGUGGCAGUCUUGGAAAUUUUGGGUGCUGUGUGUCUGGUGCCAGGCGGGCAUAAGAAGGUAUUGGAGGCAAUGCUACACUACCAGAAAUUUGCCAGUGAGAGAACGCGCUUCCAGACUCUAAUCAACGACUUGGACAGAAAUACAGGAAGAUACAAAGAUGAAGUGAACCUUAAAACUGCUGUCAUGUCUUUCAUUAAUGCUGUGCUAAGCCAAGGUUCAGGAGAGGAAAGUCUUGAUUUCAGAGUGCAUCUCCGAUAUGAAUUUUUAAUGUUAGGUAUUCAACCUGUUAUUGACAAAUUACGUGAACAUGAAAAUGCAACUUUAGAUAGGCAUUUAGAUUUCUUUGAGAUGCUGAGAAAUGAGGAUGAAAUGGAAGUAGCAAAAAGAUUUGAUGUGGUACACAUCGACACAAAAAGUGCUACCCAGGUGUUUGAACUAGUGAAGAAAAAAAUCAGCCACACAGAUGCAUACCCGCACUUUAUGUCAAUUCUCCAUCAUUGGCUUCAGAUGCCAUAUAAGCGAAGUGGAAACACUCUACAAUAUUGGCUACUGUUGGACCGAAUAUUGCAACAGAUAGUUUUACAAAAUGAUAAAGGACACGAUCCCGAUGUUACUCCUUUGGAAAAUUUCAAUGUGAGGAAUGUUGUCAGAAUGUUGGUGAAUGAAAAUGAGGUCAAACAAUGGAAGGAACAAGCAGAAAAGAUGAGAAAAGAGCACAAUGAGCUGUUACAGAAGCUGGAGAAAAAGGAGAGGGAGUGUGAAGCUAAGACACAGGAGAAGGAGGACAUGAUGCAGACACUGAAUAAAAUGAAAGAAAAACUGGAAAAAGAAUCUCAGGAGCACAAAGCUGCAAAGAAACAGGCAGCUGAUCUCUCAGCCCAGAUCCAGGAUCUAAGCAAUAGAGCCAGGUUCUCGGGAGUUCCGGGCGCCCCCCUCUCACCUCCGGGAGCCCCCGGCGGACCCCUGCCUCACUCUGCACUCGGUUCCAUCGGGGGUCCUCCGCCUCCUCCCUGUGCCCCUCCCCUCCCAUUGUUUGGGGGAUUUCCCCCGCCUCCACCACCCCUGCCUCCAGGAGGUCCCCCUCCCCCUCCAGGAAUGCCACCCUUGGGUGGUGUGCUACCCCCACCAGGAGCCCCUCUGGGUCCAGGGAACAUGAAGAAAAAUAUCCCUCAACCAGGAAACGCUUUAAAAUCCUUCAACUGGUCCAAGUUACCAGAGAACAAACUUGGGGAAACUAUCUGGAAGGAUAUUGAUGAUUUGAAGGUUUUUAAAAUACUUGACUUGGAAGACCUUGAAAAGACAUUCUCUGCAUACCAAAGGCAACAGGAUUUCUAUCUGAGCAAUCACUCUAAGCAGAAAGAGAUAGAAUCUAAUGAAGACACAUUGAAUUCUACCAAGAAAGUCAAAGAAUUAUCCGUGAUAGACGGGAGAAGAGCCCAGAAUUGCAAUAUUCUUCUGUCCAGGUUAAAGCUGUCCAAUGAUGAGAUAAAACGGGCUAUUUUAACAAUGGAUGAGCAAGAGGAUUUGCCAAAGGACAUGCUUGAACAGCUGCUGAAAUUUGUCCCGGAGAAGAGUGAUAUCGAUGUACUGGAGGAGCACAAACAUGAGAUUGAACGGAUGGCCAAAGCAGACCGAUUCCUGUUUGAAAUGAGCAGAAUCCCUCACUAUCAGCAGCGAUUGCAGUCCCUAUAUUUCAAGAAGAAAUUUGCAGAAAGAGUGGCAGAAGUCAAACCCAAAGUUGAAGCUAUUCGUAUGAGUUCCAAGGAGGUUCUGCAAAGCAAAAAUCUGAAGCAGCUGUUGGAGGUGGUUUUGGCUUUUGGCAAUUACAUGAACAAGGGACAAAGAGGCAAUGCUUACGGUUUCAAACUCUCCAGUCUGAACAAGAUUGCAGACACCAAGUCUAGUAUUGAGAAGAAUAUUACUCUUUUGCACUAUUUGAUUACAAUUUUGGAGAAGAAAUAUCCAAAAGUGGUGACCAUCCAUGAUGAUUUACGGAGUAUUCCUGAAGCUGCCAAAGUUAAUUUGAUUGAGUUGGAAAAAGAAUUCAGUAGCCUGAGAAGUGGUCUGAAGGCUGUGGAGAGUGAGCUGGCAUACCAAAAGCUGCAACCUGCACAGGCUGGCGACAAGUUUACCUCUGUAGUGAGUCAGUUUAUUGCCGUAGCAAGUUUUAGUUUCUCUGAUGUGGAGGAUCUUCUGUUGGAAGCUAAAGAUCUGUUCACCAAAGCCGUGAAGCAUUUUGGAGAAGAAACCGGCAGAAUGCAGCCUGAUGAAUUCUUUGGGAUUUUUGAUCAAUUCCUCCAAGCCUUUGCAGAGGCCAAACAGGAAAAUGAGAAUAUGAGGAAGAAAAAGGAGGAGGAGGAACGCAGAGCUAAAAUGGAAACACAGAUGAAAGAACAAAGAGAGAGAGAACGAAAAGCAAGAAAGGCAAAAGAAGGUGGUGAGGAAGAAGGGGAAUUCGAUGAUCUGGUUUCAGCUCUCCGUUCGGGAGAAGUCUUUGACAAAGAUUUCAAGCUCAAGCGCAACCGGAAACGUGUCACCAGCCAAGUGACGGAUGGGAGUCGGGAACGGCCAGUCACCAAGCUCAACUACUGAGCCAUCAGCACCAGUGCAGAUUAAUGGCCAUGCAGCAGCCAGCUCCCAUCUUACUAUCCCGUUGUGAUCAUAUUCACCAAUUAUCCUGCCCACUGGUCCUGCUAGUGGCUGCUGCUCCUCACAGCGGGUCCCUUAUCCUCUCUGUAGCUGAGUUUUGCAUGCACCACGGUCAAUGAGAAGCUUGUUCCACGUGGUGCCAAAGCGCAGGAAAUGUUGGAGCAUUCCUAGGAUUCGCACAACUGAUGAGUACAACUUGGUGUCCGUGAAAUUGUAACAAAAAAAAAAAAAUAUCCUUCCACAAAUGCUUCACCAAGUAAGCAUUGCAUCGCAACUUAACUUUUCCAUUCAGUUACCCAAUGGACUAAAGAUGGUGCUGAUACAGUAAGGAGAUGUGUGGAGCUGAUGAUUAUUUGGAUGUGAAUCUGAAGUGAAUAAAGCAUGCCGAACGACCGUAUUAAAUGUGGAGUUUAGAAGGACCAUUUAAGUGUGUGUAUUGCUAAAGAUCCUUGAAUAUCUGUGGCUUUUGACCUGGUUCCAAGGAAUUGAGGAAUUUCCCUGGAUCAUUUUUUAAAACUAUUCUUAUUUGGGAAAUGCUUUAUUUUAAACAUCAUUUUCUCAAACUAUUUUCUUGACUGAAAACAAGUAUGAACAUGAAAAUACAAAUAUAGAUGUUAUCUUGGUGACAUCCAGAUAUCCUUUUGUUUUUCUAUAAAACAUUCCAUAAUUAAUGGGAUGAUGGUAAGCGUUCUCUAAAGGGCCAAUGACAUAUUGAACCUUUAUUCUUGCUGCUGGCAGCUCUACAGCAGGACCAUAACCAGACACAAAAUAUAGUUGAAGUGGUUCUAUUCAGUUGU